AUGAAAGAACCAGAAAUUAUUAAUGUGAGAGAACCCAAACCAGAAAUUGAUACAAAAGAAUCUAAUAUAACAUUUAUUACUUUGGUAUGUUACGAUCGAUUUGAAAAACCUCAUAAAAAGUUAGAUGGGGCAUUAGCAAUUCCAUAUAUUCUUGAUGAUGUCAAGAACUUCGGAAAUAUUGAAGAAGAAAUUUUAUCCCGUACACUUCCUGAACAAUGUGGAAAAAUCAAAUUAGGCCAUAUAUGUUAUCAAGUUUUAAACACAUCUAAGGCUGAUCACUAUGAUUUAAAAGCUGAUGGAGCCAUUACUGCAUUUAUAGCUGGAAUAAAAAAUAAAAAAAAAUUCCAAUUAUGUAUUUAUCAAGAAAGUGAAAGUCAAGAAAGUAAUGAAUUCAAUAAAGCAAAUAAGAGGAUUCGUACACUCGAAACUGAAUCAGAGACAAUCAAUACAAUAAAUACUAUUAAAAAAAGUAUCUACGAAAAUCUUCCAUCUUGCGAUACACAUAUUCAGGGAUGUUUGAUUUCCGAAGAUGGCCGACAUUUAAAAUUAGAUGGUGAUAUUGUAACACUAUGGGCUCGUGUUGAUGAAAAAACUCCACCGAAUAUUCCACAUUUUGAUAAAACAAAGUAUCGAUAUCCAAUAUCUAAACGUCCUUUAAAUAAUAAUAGCACUAUAUUAAAUGAAGCUAAUUCAAUGAAUUAUUCUACUUCAAUAUUACAUGCUAAUUCUAUCUUAACAACUGAUUUACUUGCCUAUAUAUUCCCUAAAGGUUCUCCAAAUGGAAAACGAUUUGUUAUUAAAUCAUCUUUAGAUAUUAGUGGUAAAAAUUAUUUAUCUGAACAAGUUAUAAGCAAACUAUUCACGGAUGAACACGUCAACAUUUGGAUAGAUAUAGAGAAUAUUGAUGUAAACUAUGACGAAUUAUUUGAUUAA